AUGACAAUAACAACAACAACAACAACAGAUUCCGAGACCACCACACAUUAUACCAAAUAUAUUCCCAAUGCCCCUGAAGAUAAUCGAUCAUUAGAAAUCAAACGUAAUUUAGAAUAUGGUCAAUUAACUUCAAAAGAACAUUUAUAUGUUUCUCAACAUCCAGUAGGAGAACCAUUACCAAUGCCAAUAGAUGAUGAACCUCCAUAUAUUAUUUAUAUUGCUACAUAUAUUAAUUAUCUUAUUUUAAUUAUUAUUGGUCAUAUUCGAGAUUUUUUUGGUAAAAUAUUUAAACCAAAAGAAUAUGAACAUUUAAUUGAAAAAGAUGGUUAUGCUCCUUGGUAUGAUGGUUUUGAAAGUUUUUAUGUUCGUAGAUUAAAAACUAGAAUUGAUGAUUGUUUUGCUAGACCUAUUCAUGGUGCUCCAGGUAGAUUUAUUAAAUGUUUUAAUCGUCAAUUAGCUGAUUCUGGUAAUGGUUAUAUUUAUGAUGGUACUAGUAGAGAAUGUUUAAAUUUAUCAUCUUAUAAUUAUUUAGGGUUUGCUCAAUCAAGUGGUGUUUGUACUGAUUUUGCUUUAAAAUGUGUUGAUAAUUAUGGUACUUCUGCUUGUUCAUCUCGUAUUUAUUCUGGUACAACUGAUUUACAUAAACAAUGUGAAGAAGUUGUUGCUGAUUUUGUUGGUAAAGAAGAUGUAAUUAUUGUAUCUCAAGGUUAUGGUACAAAUGCUAAUUUAUUUUCAUCAAUUGCUGAUUCUAAAACUUUAGUUAUAAGUGAUGAAUUAAAUCAUGCAUCAAUUAGAUUUGGGAUUAGAUUAUCAGGUGCAUCAGUUAAAGUUUUUAAACAUAAUGAUAUGAAUGCUUUGGAAAAAUUAAUUCGUAAUCAAAUUGCUCAAGGUCAACCAAAAACUCAUAGACCAUGGAAAAAAAUCAUUAUUGCUGUUGAAGGGUUAUAUUCAAUGGAAGGCAAUAUGUGUAAUUUACCAAAAUUAGUUGAAAUUAAAAAUAAAUAUAAAUGUUAUUUAUUUGUUGAUGAAGCUCAUUCAAUUGGUGCCUUAGGACCAAAUGGUAAAGGUAUUUGUGAUUAUUUUCAAGUUGAUCCAAAUGAAAUUGAUUUAUUAAUGGGUACUUUUACAAAAUCAUUUGGGGCAACUGGUGGUUAUAUUGCUGGUGAUAAAAAUAUAAUUGAUAAAUUAAGAAUUAAUUAUAUAACUCAAGUAUAUUCUGAACUGGUACCUCCUCCAGUAUUAGGACAAAUCAUAUCUUCAUUAAAGGUGAUUAAAGGUGAUUUAAAUCCAGGAGAAGGUAAAGAAAGAUUACAAAGAAUUGCAUUUAAUUCUCGUUAUCUUAGAUUAGGAUUAAAAAAAUUGGGAUUUAUUGUUUAUGGAGCUGAUGAUUCUCCAGUUAUUCCCUUGUUGUUAUUUUUACCAGCUAAAAUGCCAGCAGUUUCAAGAAUGUUAUAUGAUAUGGGAAUUGCAGUUGUCAUUGUUAGUUAUCCAGCCACUCCAUUAAUUAGUGCAAGAGCUAGAUUAUGUGUAUCAUCAGCAUUAACUAAAGAUGAUUUAGAUUAUGUUUUAACUAAAAUUAGUGAAAUUGGUGAUUUAAUUUAUUUGAAAUUUAGUAGUGGUAUUGCUGGAGGAUCUAAAAUCCCUGGUCAACCUCCAAGAUGGUCAAUUGAAGAUGUUUUAGCUACAAAUGUCGAAGAUUGUAAGAAACCAAAAUUGAUGUAA